AUGGCUGAACCCCAGACGCACACAAACCCAGACUGGAUGGUCUGGCUGCCGCUCGAAAAGCUCGACGAGUGCGGUCGAUGUACGGACCAAGGGUCGUCCCAGCCACUGAUAACCCACACAUCACGAAUCUACUGCUCGACCGAGUGCCAGACGAAAGACUGGCCCGCCCACAAACUCCAGUGCGGGACGACCGAGAAAGCCGACCUCUCCUCCUUCUUCCCCUUCCUCGCCGUGCUCAUCGAAUCCUGCCGCAUCCACCCCUCCAAACCGCUCCGCCCCGCGCUCCUCCGGCAGCUCGUCAACAACCCCUUCUCGCCCGUCCCCACCAGCGCCGCCUCGCCCAACCCGCGCUGGCCGCACGCCCGCCAGUUCUGGAAGGCGUGGCCGGCGGAGCCGCAGCUCGCGAUCGAGGGCGACCCGGGCGAGCUGGACGACCUUGACAAGCUCGGAGGAGUGGUGGAAGGAGAACCGCAGGCUCCGUCGGAAGGCGAAUAA